AUGGAAAAGUCUCAGGGAUCUAGUAGCGGGGCUGGUUUCAGCGUCGUAAUUGCUGCAUCGGCUCCUGUAGGCGGUGGUGGUCUCGUACAUGCAGUGACAGUGAUUCAACCAUUACAGACAUGGACGGUUAUUCGCGGGCAAGAUGAUUUCGUUGCGAUGUCCGUAGGCCUCGAGUCAAUAGUUGCUGAGAUUCCCCCGUGUCCCAAUUUGGAAAGAUUUGAAGGGAAUAUGCACAUGCUUCAGUCUGCUCGUCACGAUCUGCAGCACUGGUUGAAUAUAGUCUUGAUGAAUGCGGAAGCCCGAGAGUCUCAAGCUGUUCGCAACUUCUUGACUUAUGCAGCCAAUAUGAUUCCUCCGGAAUACGAAAAUCUUCCAUGGGCGGUAUUUGAUGCAAAUGGGCAAAUUACUUCGUCACCAAAUCAGGGAUAUGCCCAAAACCAACCAAGCACCCAGGCCAAUGGGAAUUUAGAUGAUAUGUCGAUGGUGGAUAUGUUUGACGCUGGAGACGAAGUUGGCCCAGCACACAAUUAUGAUAGUGAUGACGAAGACGAAUAUAGACCGUCAGAAAGAUAUAAGCCGACUGACGAGCCUGUGACCGAAGAGGAUGAGAUGGAUAUUGCGAUGAUGGCGGAUGAAGCGAGGAUCAUUGAAGGUAUGGGAACAUACAGUCAAAGUCUUGGUGCAUCACACAUGAGUAGAUUUCCAAUGUUGGAAGAGGAAACUGCCGAUUCGAAUCAGGGGCAUUAUGAAACUAUGGAACAAGCACAUUCAGGGGUCCAGCUUGGAGGAGCUGUCGGUGGAUCUAGCGUUGGCGGUAUUGGUAGCGCAAUGAAGGAAGCAACUCUGGGUAUUGGCGGAAGUUAUAGCCAAGCAAAAUUGGAGUCCCCUCCAAGACUUGAUUCAUUCAAAAUGAUCAAAGUGAUUGGCAAGGGUUCCUUUGGAAAAGUUUUCCUUGUUCGUGAGAUCAAGUCGGGCGAAAUGUUUGCAUUGAAGGUGCUGCGGAAAGACAAUAUUAUCAAACGCAACCAGGUCGAGCAUACCAUUACAGAAAGAAGUGUGCUUGAAUAUAUUAGACAUCGAUUCAUAGUUGGGAUGAGAAUGGCUUUUCAGUCUAAGGACAAGCUUUAUUUUGUGCUCGACUACUGUGCGGGGGGUGAAUUAUUCUUCCAAUUAGGAAAGAUAGGGAAGUUUCCAGAACCCCGAGCUCGAUUUUAUGCGGCGGAAAUCAUCCUAGCAUUGAGCCAUGUUCAUAGCUUGGACAUCAUAUACCGUGAUUUGAAGCCAGAAAAUGUCCUGUUGGACGACAAAGGACAUAUUCGGCUGACAGAUUUUGGAUUGUCCAAGGAAGGGAUAAGUUCAAGCUCAAGUGGAGCCAACAGCUUCUGUGGAACGCCUGAAUAUUUGGCACCCGAGAUUCUUAAUCGUCAAGGCCAUGGUCGAGCUGUGGACUGGUGGAGCCUUGGUGCCCUUUUGUAUGAGAUGCUGACUGGGUUGCCACCAUUUUAUUGUCAAGAUCGGGAGCGACUUUUUGCAGAAAUUCGAAAGGGAGAGUUGCAAUAUCCUGCAAGUUUAUCCCCAAAUGCCAAAAGUCUUCUUCGGGGACUGCUCACGAAGGAUCCAACUAAGCGGCUUGGCAGUGGCCCUGCCGAUGCUCAAGAUAUACAACAACAUCCGUUCUUUGCUUCAGUCGACUGGCAACAACUCCAGGAUGGGGAAAUCAAGGCUCCCUGGGCUCCGCAGAUUAGUGGAAGCAGCGACACAAGUCAGUUCGACAAGGAGUUCACUAGCAUGCCGAUCUUCAGUCCACAGAGUAUGCAGCGUCACCAUGGUUUUGGAACAACGCCUAUGGGUGAUAAUCCCUUUGAGGGUUUCACGUUUCAAGACAAAAUAUUUCACGGACCUGGAACACAGAGCGGAAAUUGA